AUGUCAAAUAAUUAUAAUGGUCAACGACUUGUCGGCUUUAAUCGACAAUUUCCAAAAAAUUUUGCCGAGGCCAAAGAUUAUAUAUUUGAACUAGGAUAUUUUUGUUAUAUUGAAACAAACCAAGCUUUUCAAAUAUUUUGGGCCUUAAUCAGUAAUACAUAUACAAUAAUAAGUACUAAAGCUCCAACUGAACUUAUUAGAGAUAUUACCAACAAAGCACUGGAACUUUCAAGUAAAACUAUGGAAUAUGCUGUGAAUCAAGGAGUUGUUGACAAUGUUGCGUCAUAUCUUAUGCGUAAAGAAAAAAAUACCGAAGAUAAUACUGAACUGCAAAUAAAGGGUUCGGGAAUUACUAAUGAUAUUAGAGAAACUUCUACAACCGAUAUAUUAGAUCUUAAUGCUUAUCUUCAAGAACAACUUACUAAACGUAUAAUGUUUCUUGACGGUGCCAUGGGUACCGUUAUUCAGCUACUUAAACUUUCUGAAGAAGAAUUUCGAGGAGAUUUAUUUAAAGAUCAUUCACAUGAUCUAAAAGGGAACAAUGAUAUUUUGGUUUUAACGCAACCUGAGAUUAUUAAGAAAAUACAUAUCGAAUAUUUAGAAGCUGGGACCGACUUUGUUGGAACCAAUACCUUUUGUAGUACUUCCAUUAGUCAAGCAGAUUAUUUUUGUGAAAAAUAUGCUUAUGAAUUAAAUAAAGAAGCUGCUAAAUUGGCAAAAGAAGCAUGUAUUGAGGUUACAGCACGAGAUACAAGCAGACCAAGGUUUGUCUGUGGAGCAAUUGGACCAACAAAUCGCACAUGUUCUAUUUCUCCAUCCGUAGAAAAUCCUGCUUAUCGUAAUGUCACCUUUGAUGAGUUGGUCGAAGCAUAUUCAGAACAAAUUAGAGGUUUACUAGAUGGUGGAGCUGACAUUCUAUUAGUAGAGACUAUUUUCGAUACUUUAAAUGCAAAGGCAGUUUUAUAUGCAAUUGAUUUGUUAUUUGAAAGUGGUUAUAAGAAAACCCCAAUCUUUGUUUCUGGUACAAUUGUUGACCAAUCUGGACGUACCCUUAGUGGGCAAACUGGAGAAGCCUUUGUAACUAGUAUCAAUCAUUCACAUCCAUUGGCAAUCGGACUGAAUUGUGCUUUGGGUGCAGAACAAAUGAAACCAUUCAUUCAAAAUAUUUCUAAGUUUACAAGUUCAUUUGUAAUUUGUUAUCCAAAUGCUGGUUUACCAAACACUUUUGGAGAUUAUGAUGAAACACCUGAAAUGAUGUCAAAAGCAGUUGCAGAUUUUGCAAUGGAUGGUCUUGUUAAUAUAUUGGGAGGAUGUUGUGGUACAACACCCAGUCAUUUGAAAGCAAUCGUUGAAGCUUGUUCAAAAUAUAAACCUAGAGUUCCACCGCCAGAUACAAAGUUAGAUAAUAUGAUCAUUUCUGGAUUGGAAGUGUUGAAAGUUAACAAGGAAACAAAUUUCGUAAAUAUAGGAGAGCGUUGUAAUGUUGCUGGAUCAAGGAAGUUCGCUCGUCAUAUUAUAAAAGGAGAAUAUGAAGAAGCAAUGGCAAUAGCAAGGUCUCAAGUUGAAAAUGGUGCACAGAUUGUUGAUGUUAAUAUGGACGAAGGAAUGUUGGAUGGAAAAGCUGCCAUGACUAAAUUUUUGAAUUUAAUUGCUAGUGAUCCAGAUGUUGCUAGGGUCCCAAUCAUGGUAGAUUCUUCAAACUUUGAAGUGGUCCUAGCAGGAUUGAAAUGUGCGCAAGGAAAGUGUAUUGUAAAUAGUAUAAGUUUAAAAGAAGGACCUGAAGAUUUCAUUAAAAAGGCCAAGAUUAUUAGAAGGUUUGGUGCUGCUGUUGUUGUUAUGGCUUUUGAUGAAACAGGUCAAGCAGAUGUUAAAGAUCGCAAAGUUGAAAUCUGUACUAGAUCGUAUAAAAUCUUAACUGAAAUAGUUGGAUUCAAUCCUAACGAUAUUAUUUUUGACCCAAAUAUUUUAACUAUCUGUACUGGUAUGGAAGAACAUAAUAAUUUUGGUGUAGAAUUUAUUGAAGCAACACGAGAAAUCAAACGAACUUUAUCAGGUGCAAAAAUUAGCGGUGGUGUAUCUAAUUUAUCAUUUUCAUUUCGUGGAAUGGAUAAAGUUAGAGAAGCUAUGCAUAGCGUUUUCCUAUAUCAUGCAAUUCAAGCAGGUCUUGAUAUGGGAAUCGUAAAUGCAGGGUUUUUGACUAUUUAUGAUGACAUUCCAAAAGAUUUGCUUGAACUUUGUGAAAAUGCAUUAUGGAAUCGUGAUUCUGAUGUAACGGAAAAAAUCUUAAAUUAUGCACAGAAGCAUGGUAAAGGAGCUAAAAAGGAAGAAGCUGAGGAAGAAUGGAGAAAGGAAAACGUAAAAUCCAGAAUUAGUUACGCUUUAGUUAAAGGGAUUACAAAAUAUAUUAUCGAAGAUACGGAGGAAGCUAGGAAGAAUUAUUCGAGACCUUUAGAAGUUAUAGAAGGUCCUUUAAUGAGUGGUAUGAGUAUUGUUGGUGACUUAUUUGGAAAAGGUAAAAUGUUUUUACCACAGGUUAUAAAAUCUGCACGUGUUAUGAAAAAGGCAGUAGCACACUUGAUCCCAUAUAUGGAAGAAGAACGUAUGGCUAAUCUUGCAAAAACUGGUGGUGAAGAUUCAGGUCCUGCACAUGCAGGAGUUGUUGUUUUAGCUACUGUAAAAGGAGAUGUUCAUGACAUUGGUAAAAAUAUUGUUGGCGUUGUGCUCGGUUGUAAUAAUUAUAAGGUUAUUGAUUUAGGUGUAAUGACACCUUGUGAGAAAAUUAUAGCAACAGCUUUGGAAGAAAAAGCUGAUAUUAUUGGAUUAUCGGGCUUGAUCACACCUUCAUUAGAUGAAAUGAUAACGGUUGCCAAGGAAAUGGAAAAGCGUAAUUUGAAUAUUCCAUUAUUAAUUGGUGGAGCUACAACUUCCAAAGCGCAUACUGCAGUAAAAAUUUCUCCUCAAUAUAAUAAACCUACUAUUCAUGUAUUGGACGCUUCAAAAAGCGUCGUUGUGGUAUCAAAUUUGUUGGACGAGAAAUCUAAAGAGGACUUCUGGGAAGAUAUAGCAGAAGAAUAUCAAGAAAUUAGGGAAGAUCAUUUUGCUUCUUUAAAAGACCGGAAAUAUUUAUCUUUGCAAGCUGCGAGAGAAAAAAGAUUCAAAAUUGACUGGGCUAAACAACCUCUUCCCGUUAAACCAUCUUUUAUUGGAAAACGAGUAUUUACGAAUUAUGAUUUAAAGAGAAUUUCAGAAUAUAUUGAUUGGAAUCCUUUCUUUCAAGUUUGGCAAUUGAGAGGAAGGUAUCCAAAUCGCGGAUUCCCAAAAAUUUUUAAUGAUGAACAUGUUGGUGCAGAAGCUAAAAAAAUAUAUGAUGAGGCAUUAACUUUUGUCAAAAAGAUAAUUGAUGAGAAUUUAUUCGUUGCUAAGGGCGUUGUCGGAAUUUAUCCUGCUAAUAGUGUGGAUGAUGAUAUUCGGGUAUAUGAGGAUGAAUCACGAUGCAAGGUUUCUUCCACAUUUUUCGGAUUAAGACAACAAGCGGAAAAGGAGCCGAAAGAACCAUAUUUUUGUCUUUCCGAUUUUGUAGCACCUAGAGUAUCUGGUAUACCAGAUUAUUUAGGUUUAUUUGCAGUUGGUAUCUUUGGUGCUGAAGAGCUUGCAAAGAAAUUCGAAGAUGAACAUGAUGAUUACAAUAUUAUCAUGACUAAAGCAAUAGCAGAUCGUUUUGCUGAAGGAUUUGCCGAGUGUUUGCAUGAGGACAUACGUAAAGAAUUAUGGGGAUACUCACCAAAUGAAAAUUUAAAAUUAGGAGAUAUGCUGAGUGUUAAAUAUCAAGGUAUUAGACCAGCUCCAGCUUAUCCAUCUCAACCGGAUCAUCGUGAAAAAUCAACUAUGUGGAAUUUAAUGAAGAUACAUGAAGAAACUGGAAUCGAAUUGACUGAUAAUUUGGCUAUGCUUCCCGCUGCUAGUGUUUCAGCCUUAGUCUUUGCAAAUUCCGAAUCACAAUAUUUCGCGGUUGGAAAGAUUGAAAAGGAUCAGGUUCUAAACUACACUGAACGGCUUGGUAAAGACCUUGAGGAUACAGAAAAGUGGCUUCGACCCAAUCUUAAUUACGCUCUACAAAUGGAACUACAGCAUCAAGUAGACUUUAAAGUUGCUUGUAAUUCUGAUCCUAAUGUACUUCGAAGACUAAAAUUUGAAAAGGGUUCAGUCCUUACAUAUUCUUCUUUGAAAGCAAAGCUUUCGGAUCUUUUUCAAUCGAAUAAUUUUAACGUUCGAUACCAAGAUGAAGAUGGUGAUGCAAUAAAUAUCGAUAGUGACUUAGAUCUGCGAGAAGCAAUUGAUCAUUUUAAUCUAGACAAAAAAAAUGCUAGAAUUGUGAUUCGUUUAAGCUUGGAAAUAAUCGACACAAUAGACUCCAAACAUCAAGAAAAAGAGUCACCAAAUAAUCUUAAUGGUAAUUCAAAUGAAGACAUAAAUAAUGUAACAGACAACUCACAUUCGUCAUCAUCCGAAUUUGGCACGAAUAACGAAUAUGCUAAUCCUGAAGAGUAUCCUUUCGAAAGAGUCCUUAAUGUAGGAAUCAAACAUUUUCAAGACACGGUACAAACCUUUGUUACGCAACUAAGUUCCACUAUUGAACGUGAUAACUCAUAUAAGAAUUUUAACGUGUCUCAGCCAAAUCAAUCAGAUGAUUCUCGUAACGUUAAUAGUAAUGAUAUUACAAAUCUUUCGUCUGGUACUCGCCGAAUUCAAAAUUCUUCGGAACCUGUUGUGCAUCAUGGUGUAUUAUGCGAUUGCUGUCAAAAUACUAUCCGCGGAAUGAGAUGGAAGUGUACAACUUGUAAAAAUUAUGACUUGUGUCAAGUUUGUAAAUCCAAACCAAGCAUUCUUAAUACACACCCAAAUGAUCAUGUUUUCCGACCUAUUCCCUAUCCGAGAACUUCCAAUCAUUCUACUCAUUCUGAAAAUGUGCAUUCCGCUACUUGCGACUAUUGUGAAUCAGUCAUAUUUGGAAUACGCCAUAAAUGUAUUAAUUGCCCAGAUUUUGACUUGUGUAGUAACUGCAUUUCGCUUGCACCAACUCAACAUCCAGAUCAUACAUUUAUGUCUAUUCAUAAACCUGGUGAUCCAGAAAUCAAAAUUCCAGAUGCCGCUUUUCAUCCUGGAAUUAAAUGCGAUGGUUGUCACAAAGCAAUUAAUGGUGUCAGAUUUAAAUGCGGAAAUUGCCCCGAUUUCGAUCUUUGCGGAAAUUGCGAGGCAUCUCCUCUAAACAAACAUGAUAUUAAUCAUGUUUUCCUUAAACUCAGGAGACCUGUUCCAUCUCCACUAUCAGCAACUGCGGCUUUACUUCCGCUCUUUUAUUCGCGUGCAGAUAUCAAGGGUGGUUGUAAAUCAAAAGCGGAAUGCAGAAAAAAUUCUUCGAAAGAAACAGAAUCUAUUACAAAUAACGAUAUUGAUGAGUUGACUCCAAAUUUGUCCUCACAACCUACUAUUCAGAAGCAACCAAUAACAAUUGUCAAAGCACCGAGUGGCGAAGCCGUUAUUAGUCGGGCACCUAUUGAACUUUAUGAGUCAUUGCGUGAUACUUUAAAAUCUGUAUCAGCUCCUUUGCCCGAGAUAUCUUCUAAACCUUCUCCUUCCGUUUCAAAUAUCAACUCAUGUCAUAACGAUUUAUUCACCCCUUUGUUCUUUAAAAAAACCGAACCAGCUUCGCAGGAUUCUUCAGAAAAUGCUUUAAAUGUAUCAAUGUUGAAUUCAUGUUUUAUUGAAGAUGUUAAUAUACCAGAUGGUACAGUCCUCGUGCCACAAGCUCAAUUUCUAAAAAUCUGGAAACUGUCUAACAACGGUGGUUGGCCUGAAAGUACGGUCCUACAGUUUGUUGGUGGACAGCGUAUGUUCAAUGAUACUUUGUUUAAAAAUGGCGAAGAAGCUAUCGCACCUUAUAUCCCUGUUGGUGCCGUUGAAGUUGGUAAAACUCUGGAUAUUUCUGCUGAUCUCCAAGCGCCAUCUGAACCUGGAAAACACAUUUCAUACUGGAGAUUAACGGAUAAGGAUGGUAAUCGAUUUGGACACAAUGUUUGGUGCGAUAUUUAUGUGGAAGCUAUUGAUCAAUCGUCCAAUAUGUCCGCCUCUUCAAUGAUCUUCCCUGUAUUAAAUUAUGAUCAACAAUCGGUUUCUGCUAAAUCUAAUGAUACCUCAGUUCCAUUGUCUUCAAUUCCUGCCACUCUUGUAUCUUCAGACAUUGAAAGAUUUGAAAAUGAUGAUAAUAGUAUUUUCCGUGAUCCAGUUUCACUUGGUUCAUCUUUCACAGAUUCGUCUCAAGAUUUUAUUGUUGUAGAAAAAGAUUCGGACGAUGACAUGCAAUCACAACGUGGAAGAAGCGUACAACCAUAUACUAUAAAUCAAGAUUCAAAUGACGAAGUUAUGAACGAAACACAAUCCGAAGGGAAACUUUUGGCCGAAAAUUCACCCGUUCCUUUAUCUGCUGAAGAAGAUUUCGUUGUAACAUCACAAUCCGUUGAUGUUGGUGAGUCUAAAUUAAGUAAAGAAUUUUCAGAGAAUUUGAAAUACAAACAAACAUUGGCUCAAUUGGUCGACAUGGGAUUCGAUGAUGAAGAUAACGAAGUAGCUCUGAUGAAACUUGUGGUGGAGCAUGAUGGAGAAUUAGAACCAAUUCUCAAUAUACUCAUUUAA